GUAUGAAAUAUUCAGGUUUAUUUUUUAGGUCCUUGGGAGAGAAGGCAGAGAGAGAGAGAAAGAGAGAGAGAUGGGAAGGCCUCCUUGCUGUGAGAAGGUAGGAAUCAAGAAAGGUCCAUGGACUCCUGAGGAGGACAUCGUCCUUGUUUCUUACAUCCAAGAACAUGGUCCUGGUAAUUGGAGAUCAGUUCCCACCAACACUGGGCUCUUGAGGUGCAGCAAAAGUUGCAGACUCAGAUGGACUAACUACCUCAGACCGGGAAUCAAGCGCGGUAACUUUACACCUCAUGAAGAAGGGAUGAUCAUUCACUUGCAAGCUUUAUUGGGUAACAAAUGGGCAGCAAUAGCUUCCUACCUGCCACAGAGAACCGAUAACGACAUAAAGAACUACUGGAACACCCACUUGAAGAAGAAGCUGAAGCCAUUUCAAUCAGCUCUUGAUCCUCAUACGACGUCGAAUGAUCCGUUUAAUGUAAAUGUAUCAAGGAGGAGUUUGAGUGAAGGGAGCUUAGAUAAUAUGACAAGCCAUGCCUCCUCAAUUAUUCUGAGGAACAACCAAUCCUCCUCCUCCACAUAUGCCUCAAGCACCGAGAACAUUUCGCGGCUCCUAGAAGGUUGGAUGAGAUCCUCCCCAACUCCGAAGACCUCUAGCCUCAAAUAUAAUGCUGCAUCUGAUGAUGAUCAAGAAAAACCUAGCGGUACUAGCACAGGAAACCUAGUAUCUAACGAGGAGUUUGAAUCGAUUUUGUCCUAUGAGAACUUGAACAAUGUUGCUUCUUGGGACAUGUAUACUUGUGAUUCAUCUACUUAUUCUAACAAGGUGUCACAACUCAGUAUUAAAGUUCCAAAUGGGGCGGAAAUAAUUCAUGAUCAUCAUCUUCUGCGCGACGAGGAUCAGAAGAAUAAGCAAAUUAUUCGAUGCGAAAGCAGUAGUACUAAUUGUAACAAUCCUCCAUUGACAUAUCUUGAGAAGUGGCUGUUAGAUGAAAGUGCUGGACAUGUAGAAGCCGAUCAGAUGGUGGAAUUGUCUCCAAUGUCCUUGGUUUGAGCUUAAUUAGCUAGCCAGCCAUGCUAAAAAGGUUAAGCCAGCUUGCUUAAAUAUAAACCUAAUAGGAAAAAGCAGCAACAAAUUAUGAAGGGUUUUAAUUUGUUUAUCUCUUUUCUAAUGAGGUUUCAAAAGUCGGAAUCUCUUUGUUGAUUGUAACCUGUUUAUUUCUUUUCUU